GGUCCGGGCAGUAUCUUCCAAUGGCUGCACAUCGCCAGAAAUUAAGGAGCACAUUCGUGUAUCACGCGGAUGCCAUGGCAACAACGGCGACGGCCCCUUACAUACACAGGACACCCGAGAUUGCCCGGGUAAAGCAAAAUCGGAGCAGUAACAGGUAGCAAAAGCUCAAGAACUGCAUGCACGCCAUGCUCGCGACCUCACCGUCAUCGCAGUUAGUCAAGUUACAGCCAUGGUGGGGAAGCUGCCGGAGAAGGGCGGCAUCUCCUUCCCUUCUUCCACCGACGAUCGCCGGGAGGACGGUGGCGUCUGCUCCUCCUCUCCGAGCUGUGGCCGCCGAGAGCGCGCAGACUUCUGCUGUGCCGCAACCACAGCCUACUCCGUUGGACGCCGACGAGGAGAAGAUGCUAGCCAACUACGUCCCGGUCUUCGUCAUGCUACCCCUGGAGGUGAUCACCGCUGAGAACGAGGUGGAGGACGCGGAGGGGCUGAGGGCGCAGCUGCGGCGGCUGCGCGAGGCCGGCGUCGACGGCGUGAUGACGGACGUGUGGUGGGGCAUCGUGGAGGGCGCCGGGCCGGCUCGGUACGACUGGCGCGGGUACAGGGAGCUGUUCCGGCUGGUGCAGGAGGAAGGCCUGAAGCUGCAGGUCAUCAUGUCCUUCCACGCGUGCGGCGGCAACAUCGGCGACGCCGUGAACAUUCCGAUACCGGAGUGGGUGCGCGCCGUCGGCCAGGCGGACCCGGACGUGUACUACACGAGCCCCGGCGGUGCCAGGAACCAGGAGUACCUCACCAUCGGGGUGGACCACCGGCCUCUGUUCCACGGCAGAACUGCCAUCCAGCUGUACGCCGAUUUCAUGAAGAGCUUCAGAGAGAACAUGGCCGACUUCUUGGAAUCUGGCCUGAUCGUGGACAUCGAGGUCGGGCUUGGCCCUGCCGGCGAGCUGAGGUACCCAUCCUACCCUGAGAGCCAGGGGUGGGCGUUCCCUGGCAUCGGACAGUUCCAAUGUUACGACAAGUACCUGGAGGAAGAUUUCAGAGCGGCGGCAACGGAUGCCGGGCGCCCGGAGUGGGAGCUUCCCGACGACGCCGGAGAGUACAACGACGCCCCGGACGACACGCGGUUCUUCGCGGCGGACGGCGCCGGCGCGACUUACCUCACCGAGAAGGGGAGGUUCUUCCUCACAUGGUACUCGAGCAAGCUGAUCGAGCACGGGGACAGGAUCCUGGACGAAGCGAACAGGAUCUUCCUGGGCUGCAAGGUCAAGCUCGCCGCCAAGGUGUCUGGCAUACACUGGUGGUACAGGCACCCGAGCCACGCCGCGGAGCUGACCGCCGGGUACUACAACCUGGGCGGGCGCGACGGGUACGCGCCGGUCGCGCGCAUGCUGGCGCGGCACGACGGCGCCGUGCUCAACUUCACCUGCGCGGAGAUGAGGAACUCGGAGCAGCCCGAGGAGGCCAUGAGCGCCCCGGAGGAGAUCGUGCAGCAGGUGCUGAGCGCCGGGUGGAGGGAGGGGAUCGAGGUGGCGUGCGAGAACGCGCUGCCCAGGUACGACCGGCGGGCGUACAACCAGAUGCUGAAGAACGCGCGGCCAAACGGCGUCGACCUUGGCGGCGGCGGCGGCGGCCCGGUGCGCCGGAUCGCCGCGCUGACGUACCUCCGGCUCACGGACGAACUCCUGACCGGGAACAAGUACCGGGCCUUCAAAACCUUCGUCAGGAAAAUGCACGCCGAUCAGGAGUACUGCCCUGACCCGGCCCAGUACUUCCGGCCUCUGAAGCCUCUGGAGCGGUCAAGGCCGGCGAUACCCAUGGACCGGCUGCUGGAGGCGACGUCGCCGGAGGCGCCGUACCCGUUCGAGGCCGAGACGGACAUGAGCGUCGGCGGCGACCUCGCGGAGCUCAUCGACUGGGCGGUCGACAAGAUCGAAUGGAUAUUCGGUUGAGGAAACAAAUUCAAAUCUGAUUGAUACACACGCGCGGGCACCCAGGAGCAGUAGGCUAAUUAUACAGUAGUAGGACUAGCAGUCUAGCACAUGGAUCUUUACCCGACACACGCAUCAUUCGCACCAUUGGGAACGCCAGAGCAGCAGAAAUACUCCCUCUGUAUCAUGAAGUAUCGAAAGUUUAGCUGAAUUUCAAAUUUAGAUAAAUUUCUGACA